UGUAAAAACGAUCGAUAUACAUGUAAAAGAUGUCCUCCAACUCGGACAUUUUGGCACCGAGCUUAAUGCACAGAAACGCGGGACAGAGGUGGUGCCAAAUGUGAGAAUUGCUGACGACACUUUUAAUGUAACAAACUAGAAAGUAUUUGUAUGUUCUAACGACUGUGUAUAUAUAUCAUCAGUCUUAACGUUUACGAGUUUCAGUCAUUGUUUGUGUAUUUUAAGUAGUCCAUUAAUUUCGUGUAGUACGUCUAUUAUUGCAUGGGAGAUUAUUUUUGCUCUAAAUUUGAACUCUAAACUUGAACAUGUACCUAAUAAUUAUGUGAAUGAUUAUGAAACUGAAAUUUGGGAAAACAAUCAAUCCACUAUAAGUAUAACAGGAAGCACAAAAAGUAUAGUUACCCUAACGUUGUUGCAAGCAGAAGAUUAGUUUAUGAUGCUGGUGAAACUAUACUGUACAAGAGGCUUUGUAAUCUGUUUUCUAAAUUGGCUCUACUACUGCCAAGGAACGUCAGUAAGUUUAAUUACAGACAAUGGAAAAGAUACACUUUCUGGUCCGUACUGUCCAACAACUGUUAAACUUAUCUGCAAUGUUACGAAUGUUGCUAAUUUGCUAUGGAGUUACAAUAAUGGCAGUAAAGUGGACAUGAUAAUUUUCGAUUUUCAACCUGAUCAUAAAGUAACUUUCGACCCGAUCACGACUGAUUUUUUAGCAUUUCCACUUGUCCAGCUAACACAGUUCAAUGUAUAUAAAAACCAAAACAAUAAGUCGCAGAUUAAUGCUUCAACUAUUCUCACUGUUGAUCUCUCAGAGCUCUACAACCAGAAUAUUAAAUUACUUUCUUGUGGUUCUGCUGUAAAUAAGGCAGUACCAGUGAAUAUCAGCAUCUUGCAGCCAACAUUUCCUUCUGUUAGCUCCCAAGUUUAUACAGCUGUGAUCAUACGUUAUGAGUCUGGACUUGUAUCUAGUGUAGAUGUAUUAUGGAGGAAAUUUCAGCAACCAGAUUGUCCUGAAUAUGAAAAUUCUCAAGAAUACCUCAUGAAUGUCACUGGAUGUGGGUGGACAUGGACCAACCACAGCACCUGUCAAGAUACUAUUUGCUCAUCAGUUUUCAGUAAUUGCACAAAGUAUGUGAGAGAAAUUACACUACAAACCAAGAUCGCUGACAUUGAGAGUAAACAAGUAGUCUAUUCCACAUCUGUAGAUUACUAUAAUCAAUAUUUCCGACCUGCUGUUAAUCAGUCUUCAAGAUGCCAAAUUCGUGUUCAGUGCUCAACUAUUAGAUAUUUUAGAGGGAAUCAAACGUGUACCAUUCGAUACACUACAGAUCCGGAUUAUGGUAAUCUAUCAAAUCCUAUCACAACUCUAGUUGGCACAGCACCUGUCUCACUUUCACUUACUACUCCUGGUACUGUGUACUACUUUGAGUUCUCUGUGUUGAUGAAUGAUACCUUGUUGAUUGUGGAAAGAAUGGAGUACAUGAUUACAGGAUCGGGAGAGUUAUUCCAGCUGGGUGUAAGAGAGGGUGCUAUCCUUACUAUUGUAUCAUCAUUCUUAGGAUGCUUUAUUGUGCACACUACAAUGACACUGUGCCUGUUAAUAGCUUGGAAUGCUAACGGUGUUCAUACAAUAUCCCGAUUGAAUGUGUUCAUCAUUACUAACAAACGCAUUCAAAUCUCGAUAACACUGAUCCUCUUCAUGCUGUUUAUUGGAUGUAGCACUCUGUUGACAGCCUUUGCCAUUAUUUCAAAUGAUGUGUGUUUCACAAACCAACAAGUUCCCAACAGUUUGCUUGAUGCAAUGUUAGUAAUUUCAUGUGUUGGGAUAGGAAUCCUUCUCCUCUAUUGGGUCUUCAUAACAUACAAAGUAUAUAAACAGCGCACUAAAGGAACUAAAAACAAGCUUGAAAACAAAUCUCAUUGUAACUAUGCUCUUAGCCUGAACAUCAAUUCAAAAACAGUUCAAUAUAACGGUCAAGAGUCAUCCAAGAAGACACCUGGUUCUCAAGAAUGCCAGCAUUUGGAAAAUAUGCAUCCUGAUGUCGUUGAGAAAAUGGUUCCAAUGCAGAAGAAGCCUUCGAAUGGCAGCCAGCUAAUGACGACACCUAGUAGGAAAUGUCCACCCUCUACACUUCCCAAACAAAGAAAGUCAGGUCAGCAUUCCAACACUGUUUUGUACGAUGAGGUUGGUUUAGCGAAAAUCAAAGGCAAUGUCUCGGAUAUGAAAGAAGUUGAGUUGAAAGCUAACGAGUCUUACGGGCACACAGUCAAAAGGUUUUCAACUGCCAAGAGCAACGUGGCUGCUUGUCCACUAUGUUUGUCUCCAGGCAGCAAAAUCCAGCAAGAUUUGUCAUUAAAUCAUCAGUACAGCGAUCUCAAAGUGACACCAAAGAACGAGCAUCCUAAGCAAAGUACUAUUGAGCAAGAGCAGAUAGAGUUGAAGUCUAAUCAGUCAUAUGGUCAGCUAACAAGUGCUGUUGGUCAGAUAGGGGGAUGUGAACCACUGCACGAGUACGACUAUAUAUACGUGGACCCCUAGUAACUCACAAGACAAUUCCCUAAAUAACUGCCAUGUAGCAAACUGUAACAUAUUUGAGUGCAUUGCGUUUUAUGAUAAUAAUUAUUAUUAUUGGGUAUAG